AACAAUAUACAAAUUGAAAAUUGUAUGUACAGGUAUAUUACAAUAGACAGUUUUGUAUGUACAGGUAUAUUAUGUGCAAAGUGUAUAAACAGUGUUGUGUGUUCCACAGAUUUUCUCAAGACUUUUUGUGAUGACGAAAGAAACUGAUCCUGUGCCUGGCCCUUCUGGUGCGCAGUGCUCUGUAGCGUCGACCAGUCAGCAACAGUUCAAAGAGUCCUCAGAAGAUGUAGAAGUGUUCACACCAGAAUUGAGAGAUGAUGAAGACAAACUCAAGAAUACAUACAGGUUUGUGUGUGCACAUGCUGGUCAGUUUCAGUGCAGUCUGACUAACCUUGUGUUUGUGAUGGAGGGUGAAGGAGAGGUGCUGUAUAGAGUUGACUCAUAGGAUCCUCAAUUGUUAGAUGGUUUGGGUCAGAUGCAGCCUGCAGGACCCUUGUACAACAUUGACUGUUUUAAUGGUUCACUCUCAGGAUUGCACUUUCCUCACUGUGAAAUACUCUCUGAGAAAAACAAAGACAUCUUGGCUGUAGCGCAUUUCACUGGUGGUAAUGUAGAAAUAAUGAAGCCUCUUAAAGUGACUGAAAGUCGUGUGAUGAUUGACAUCAGAGAUCUCUCCCUCUUCGGGCUCAUAAGAAGGAUUAUCUUCUCCUUCCCCGUGUUUGUCCAAGUGAUUAUCUUUGUACGACCAAUAACUAUGGCACAAAGAGAAAACAUACUGGAUGUUCAUUUGCUCCCGUGGAACGUUCCACUGUCAAAGGUCCAGGGCCAGCACAAAGAGAGUACACACAUUAAAACCAGUUCAACAUGCGUUCUCGCCCCAGGAUCAGAAUACAGUCUGUGUUGUCAACCAGAAGUAUCUACAGUGCAGCCAGAGACUGAGAGGUUUCAGUGUAAUUUUGAUUGUCCAAACUAUCAUCCGACCUUUGAAGUGUUUGUAAAUUUCAACACUAAGGAGAUCAGACUGAGUAUUUUGGAUAGAACAGGAAGGGAAGUAUGGUUUCCACGACGAAUCAUCAUCCCAUGAAUGAAUUACAGAUGUUGCUUGCAUAACUUUUUAACACAUUGUAAUGCUCGUUACAAAAUAAAAUUAAUGUCAGAGAUUGAAUAUUUAACAACCUACGCUGUUAUACACCUUUUACACUAAUUUUGAAGAUUAUUGGAUUACAGGAAAAUACUAUUUCAGUCUUUCUACUUAAAAAGUUUCACAUUGAGUUCAGUGUUAGUUGCCAUUUCUUUACAAUAAUAUAUGCUGGCAAUUACUGAGUGAAAUUUGUUUCCUAGCCCUAAAGUAAAUCCUACUCAGUGUAAUCAGUAAUUCUUUAGCAAUUUUUAAAGUUGGACACUUAGGUGAUCAAUAUAGAUUAAACCCUUGAUGAGCAUUUUAUUUAGCCCAUUGUACAAAA